AACGAGGUGAAUCACUAGUGCGGCGGCUCAGGAGCUGCACUUUUGGUAAAUGUUGGCUUAUAUUAGAGGCAGAAACUCCACCAGCGUCCGGGUCCUGAUCUCGCAGUCUUCCCUGCCCAGCGCCGCCGGAUUCUGUAUUCGGUGCUGCCUCCCAAGCACCUUAAACAGCUCUAUCCUCUGGUCUUCUUUUCCCAUUUUCGUUCCUAUCGGAAGCCUCAUAACCCUCAAAGGCAUGGGGCUGGCCGUGUGGUCAGUGGCUGCCGGGAUCUGACUGAUGAAGGGAUGCAGAGGUGUCCUGGGAAGCCACAUAGGAUCUUCUGGGGAAGUCAGACGUGGAUCAGCCCAAGGGCAGCUGCAGAACCUUUUGGAGAACUCCAGUGAGUUUGAACUUCCCUGAGGUUGAUUGGCCACCUGAUUGUAGUGCCCAAACUGACCAGUCCAGGUUCAGACAGUUACAGAGGAUUGAAUCGGAGUGAAAGAUCCAAACUGCUGCGAACACCAUGGCUGACCAGGCCAGACCACCUCACUGAUCUCCUGCUCCUAACACCCGUGCAGCCAUGGAAAAGAUGUCCCGCGUGACCACAGCCCUGAGUGGCAGUGCGCUAACGGGUCGCACUAUGCACUGCCACCUGGAUGCGCCAGCCAAUGCCAUCAGCGUGUGUCGUGAUGCUGCACAGGUGGUAGUGGCAGGCCGCAGCAUCUUCAAGAUUUAUGCCAUCGAGGAGGAGCAGUUCGUGGAGAAGCUGAACCUGCGUGUAGGCCGCAAGCCCUCACUCAACCUGAGUUGUGCCGAUGUUGUCUGGCACCAAAUGGAUGAGAACCUGUUGGCCACAGCGGCCACCAAUGGCGUGGUGGUCACGUGGAACCUAGGUCGGCCAUCCCGCAACAAGCAGGACCAGCUGUUCACAGAACACAAGCGCACGGUGAACAAAGUCUGCUUCCACCCCACAGAGGCCCAUGUGCUGCUCAGCGGCUCCCAAGAUGGCUUCAUGAAAUGCUUUGACCUCCGCAGAAAGGACUCUGUCAGCACCUUUUCCGGCCAGUCUGAGAGUGUGCGAGAUGUGCAGUUCAGUAUCCGAGACUACUUUACCUUCGCCUCUACCUUUGAGAAUGGCAACGUUCAGCUCUGGGACAUCCGUCGACCUGACCGAUGUGAGAGAAUGUUCACAGCCCACAAUGGGCCUGUCUUCUGCUGUGACUGGCACCCGGAGGACAGGGGCUGGUUGGCCACAGGUGGGCGUGAUAAGAUGGUGAAGGUCUGGGACAUGACAACACACCGUGCUAAGGAGAUGCACUGCGUGCAGACCAUUGCCUCAGUGGCCCGAGUCAAGUGGCGACCCGAGUGCCGUCACCAUCUGGCCACAUGCUCCAUGAUGGUGGAUCACAACAUCUACGUGUGGGAUGUGCGCCGACCCUUUGUACCAGCUGCUAUGUUUGAAGAACAUCGUGAUGUCACUACAGGCAUUGCCUGGCGCCACCCACACGACCCCUCCUUCCUGCUCUCUGGCUCCAAGGACAGCACACUGUGCCAGCACCUAUUCCGUGAUGCAAGCCAGCCUGUCGAGCGUGCCAACCCUGAGGGCCUCUGCUAUGGCCUCUUUGGGGAUCUGGCCUUUGCUGCCAAGGAGAGCUUGGUGGCUACUGAAUCUGGGCGCAAGCCCUAUGGUGGUGACCGACGCCACCCCAUCUUCUUCAAGCGCAAGCUUGACCCUGCUGAGCCCUUUUCGGGCCUGGCCUCCAGUGCCCUCAGCGUCUUUGAAACAGAGCUCGGUGGUGGCAGUAUGAGCUGGUUUGUGGACACAGCUGAACGUUAUGCUCUGGCAGGCCGGCCACUAGCUGAGCUCUGUGACCACAAUGCAAAGGUGGCUCGGGAGCUUGGUCGCAACCAGGUAGCACAGACAUGGACCAUGCUGCGGAUCAUCUACUGUAGCCCUGGCCUGGUGCCGUCCACCAACCUCAACCACAGCAUGGGCAAAGGCAGUUCCUGUGGCCUGCCGCUCAUGAACAGCUUUAAUCUGAAGGAUAUGGGCCCAGGUCUGGGCAGUGAGACAAGGCUAGACCGCAGCAAAGGGGACACACGGAGCGACACAGUUCUGCUUGAUUCCUCAGCUACACUCAUCACCAAUGAGGAUAAUGAGGAAACUGAGGGCAGUGACGUGCCUGCCGACUACCUACUGGGUGAUGUAGAGGGCGAGGAGGACGAGCUGUAUCCACUGGACCCAGAACACGUGCACCCCGAGGAACCUGAGUACGUGCUGCCACAGGAGGCCUUUCCACUGCGCCAUGAGAUCGUGGACACACCCUCUGGGCCAGAGCACCUGCAGGACAAGGCUGAUUCUCCCCAUGUAAGCGGCAGUGAGGCAGACACAGCCUCCCUGGUGCCAGUGGACUCCUCCUUCUCCCUCUUGUCUGUCUCACAUGCACUCUAUGACAACCGCCUGCCACCCGACUUCUUCAGUGUGCUGGUACGAGACAUGCUGCGCUUCUACGCUGAGCAGGGUGAUGUGCAGAUGGCUGUGUCUGUCCUCAUCGUGCUGGGUGAGAGAGUGCGCAAGGACAUUGACGAGCAGACCCAGGAGCACUGGUACACGUCUUAUAUUGACCUGCUGCAACGCUUCUGCCUCUGGAAUGUGUCCAAUGAGGUGGUAAAACUCAGCACCAGCCGCUCCAUCAGCUGCCUCAACCAAGCCUCCACCACGCUGCAUGUCAACUGCAGCCACUGCAAGCGGCCCAUGAGCAGCCGUGGCUGGGUCUGCGACAGGUGCCACCGCUGUGCCAGCAUGUGUGCCGUCUGCCACCAUGUGGUCAAGGGUCUGUUUGUGUGGUGCCAGGGCUGCAGUCAUGGUGGCCACCUGCAGCACAUCAUGAAGUGGCUGGAGGGCAGUUCCCAGUGCCCUGCGGGCUGCGGUCACCUCUGCGAAUACUCCUGACCUUGCCUGCCAUGGGACAGCUUCCGCAACUCAACCCAGAGGCCCACCGGACCAAGGCAUGCGACCUCGUGCCCAUCUCUUGUGCCAGGAAGGCAGGUGGCUGGAACCUGUAAACCCAAUAAAAGGCGAGAGCUGCUGUCA